CAAUUAUUAACUCAUUGAACCAGCAGACGGCGAACGGUUCGUACUCGCAGUUAGUAACAAGUAACGUUAGAAGAAGAAGAAAAAGAAGAGAAUAGCCCGAAGAAGAAUAUAACAAGCAUGACCGGAAGAAUAAGUAACAUGGCUCAAAUAACUAGUUCUCUAUCGCAACUACAGUCUUUAAAUGGAUUGUUUGCAAUAUACAAAAAAAAGGGGCCGACUUCUGCAGACGUGUUAAAUACACUCAAAGAAGUUUUACUCAAGGAAGCUGGUGUAGAGAACCCAAACCCGCGAAAGAGGAAGAAGCAGAGCCUCAAGAUGGGGCACGGAGGGACGCUGGACAGUGCUGCCAGUGGGGUGUUGGUUGUUGGGGUUGGGAAUGGCACAAAGAUGCUCAGUACAAUGUUGGCUGGUUCUAAGAAAUAUGUUGCAGUGGGGCAACUGGGGAAAGCAACAGAUACACUUGACGCCACUGGCAGUGUGAUUCUUGAGAAAGACUUUGACGUCAUCACCAGGUUGGACAUUGAGGAGAAACUAAAAGCUUUCACUGGUGACAUCAUGCAAGUUCCUCCAAUCUACUCUGCAUUGAAAAAAGACGGCCAGCGUCUGUCUGUCCUGCUGAAGAAAGGUCACAAGGUUGAGGCCAAACCAGCCAGAGCAGUCACUGUGUACAACCUGACGCUGCAGGAGUUCAAGCCCCCUCUCUUCACUCUGGAUAUUGAGUGUGGCGGUGGAUUUUAUGUCAGAAGUUUGGUGGAUGACCUGGGAAAAGCUCUGUCGUCAUGUGCCCAUGUGAAGGAACUGAUCCGGACCAAGCAGGGUCAGUUCACCCUGGAGGAGCAUACCUUACAUGAGGAGCAGUGGACACUGGAACAUAUCCUGCGCUCUCUGCAGCCCUGCCCAGAGUCAGAGCAGCAGGGUGUGCACUGUACAGAGAAGCUAACAGCUGAAGAACAAACUCCCUCUGAACUGAAGCCGAAGUGAAAACUGUUUGCUGUCCGUUUCAUGGUUAGUCAUCAGCUGCUCAGGUUUCCAGUGAAGAGAAUAUCCUCCAUCCUCAGCCCCCGUGUUCAACAUGUGUCCUUGGGAAAGAUACUAAACCCCAAACGGUGUGUUCAUAUCCUGGUAUUGUGAAGCUGCAUGAUGUAAACAUUAUGCAGUACACAUUCCACUAUUUAAAAAAGAUUUUUCACAAAAUAAGAAACUAUAUACUGUGUUAUGGAAGAUUGCUCAACACCACAGUUUUCUUUAAAGCAGACUUUAAAGACUAAACCGGCUUACACUGUAUAUUACACAAACAUUGGAGAAAAUCCUUUCACACUGCAGAAUUUAGUGUGUGUAAUGUCUUUAUCAAAAUAGUUUCUUCUUACAGCCACAACUGUGGGGAAUCUUUAAGAUCAGCAAAACAUUAACUUCAUUUAUGUUGUGAUAUAAUAGGGUAUUGACUUAUGAAGAGUGUUGUGAUAACAUGAUCGUCAUUUAGGUGGCCUUGUUUGAAACUCCUGUUGCCCUACUGGAAAAUCCAUUUGGGAAGUGUAAAUGUAAUGCUGCUUGCUCUAAGCAGUGCUCUUAACAAGGACAUUUGACAUGCCAAUGAAGGCUAUUUAUGUUCUUCCAGUGUGGGCUGUUUUUUUUUUAAGAUUGGUCUACUCAUCUGAAAGUGUUGCAUUAACAGUGGUGUGUUAAUAUAGCGUGUCUAAUUGAAUUUGUUCUGCACUUGCAGAUUGAAUAAAUAUUCAAGAGAAAAAGUUAUUCUUUGUUAAACACUUUCAUUUCAUGCCAACAUUUGUGAGAUGAUUCCCAACAGAGUGGCUUCUGAUGCAUAGUUAUAUACAGCAGCUGGCACUGCAGUCACAAGAGUUUCUAAGUGUACAUCACUCCUUUCAUAUUUCUCUCAAAUGUCUGUUUUUGUUUUUCCUGCUUUCUUUGUUUCUUCCUCUCCUUUUUAUGCACAUUAAAGUAAUUCACUGCCUUA